GUAUGAUGUGGGCACAUGGAACCUUGUUUUGGAGAGCUGCACCAACAGCUGUACAAAAUCCCUCCGCCAUGAUGCUGAGCUGCUUCUCGUAACCGCACAGCCUGCACUACCGAAUACAUUAAAGUCCAAAGUGAGACACAGCUGACAUCAGGAGUUGGUAUGCUAUUGGAGUGGUCUAGGGAUGCCCAAGGAGAAAUAUGACCCGUCUGAUACCAGGCGGAUGUACACUAUUAUGUCUAGUGAGGAGGCAAACAGUGGGAAAAAAUCCAACUGGGAUGCGCUUGAAAUAACUGGUAAUGUCCGCAGUCUUAGCUCAACCCUUUGGUCUCUUACCAACCUCACUGCUCUGCACAUCAGUGACAACUGUCUUUCACGCAUCCCACCUGACAUUGCCAGGCUGCACAACCUUGUGUUCUUGGAUCUAUCAUCCAAUAAGAUUAGGAGCCUGCCAGCAGAGCUUGGCAACAUGGUGUCUCUCAGGGACCUGCUUUUAAAUAACAACCAGUUGAGGGUUCUGCCUUUUGAAUUGGGGAAACUGUUUCAGUUACAAACACUGGGGUUAAAAGGCAAUCCACUUACUCAAGAAAUUAUGAGCCUCUACCAGGAGCCAGAUGGCACUCGCCGACUGCUGAACUACCUUUUGGACAAUCUUGCUGGUGCUAUCAAGCGCAUCCCAACAGAGCAACCUCCAUCCAGGAACUGGAUUGUGCUGGAGAAGCCUGAUAGGACAAGACCAACAGCCCUUUUAACAGUAAUGUGCUACAAUGUGCUGUGUGAUAAGUAUGCCACACGCCAGCUCUACGGCUACUGCCCGUCCUGGGCCCUUAACUGGAGCUACAGGAAAAAGGCUAUUAUGCAGGAGAUCCUCAGCUGCAAUGCAGACAUUGUCAGCUUACAGGAAGUGGAGACAGAACAGUAUUACAACUACUUCCUUGUGGAGCUGAAUAAACAGGGAUAUGAUGGAUUUUUCAGCCCAAAGUCCCGCGCCAGAACCAUGUCUGAAUCAGACAGAAAACAUGUAGAUGGAUGUGCAAUAUUCUACAAGACUGAAAAGUUCAGCAUGGUGCAGAAACACACAGUGGAGUUUAACCAGCUGGCUAUGGCCAAUUCAGAGGGCUCGGAGGCUAUGUUAAAUCGGGUCAUGACCAAGGACAACAUCGGGGUGGCUGUGUUGCUGGAGCUAAAGGAGGAGUUAAUGGAGGUGUCAUCAGGUAAGUCUCUUUAUGGCAAGGAGAAACAGCUCCUACUAGUGGCGAAUGCUCACAUGCACUGGGACCCAGAGUACUCUGAUGUGAAGUUGGUGCAGACUAUGAUGUUCCUGUCAGAAGUGAAGAAUAUCAUAGACAAGGCUUCUCACAGUCUGAAGCUCUCUGCUGUGUCAGGAGAAACCAAUGUCAUUCCUCUGGUGCUGUGUGCCGAUCUCAACUCACUUCCUGACUCAGGUGUAGUGGAGUACCUGAGCACAGGUGGGGUGGAUUGUACACAUAAAGACUUCAAGGAGCUGCGCUACAUUGACAGCCUGACUAACUUCAACUGCAAUGGCAAGAACAGCACGUCUAAUGGACGGAUCACGCAUGGUUUUAAGCUGAAGAGUGUCUAUGAGAAUGGGCUCAUGCCCUACACCAAUUACACUUUUGACUUCAAGGGUGUCAUUGACUACAUCUUCUAUUCUAAGCCACAACUGAAUGUGCUGGGUGUCCUGGGACCCUUGGAUACAGACUGGCUCCUGGAGAACAAUAUCAGUGGUUGCCCACACCCCCACAUCCCCUCCGAUCACUUCUCCCUGUUUGCACAGCUGGAGUUGGUCCUGCCUUACCCUCCCUCUCUCAACGGAGUUCACUUACCUGGACACAGGUAGUGAGUCCUCCAGCCACUGGUGGCGUGGCUGAUUCCCAGCUCUCACAAGUGUUUCUGGAAAUAUACUGAAAACGAUAAAACCUCUAAGCAAUUUCUUUUUAUAUAUUUGUUUAGUUUUGUUUUUCACUUCUACCUUUAUUCAUUUUUAGGGUCCAAACAUAUUCCUAUUUGUCAGGGAGUUUUUUUCUAUUUGUUAAGCUAUAAAUCUUUUUUUAUUAUUGUAACAGUCUAGAAAGAUUUUUGGUGAAUCACUCCCUCCCAAAGGCUAAUAUGUUGAUUUUUUUUUUCUUCUUUUUUUUUUUUUCUUCUUUUUUUAAUUGGUUAAGUGUGCAAAUUUUGUACAGACUGUAACAUGAGGGGAACACACUUGGUCACUCACUCAAAGGGUUUACAGAUGGCUUUAAUGUCAGACCAUAAAGGGAUAGUUCACCCCAAAAAAGUAAGAAAAUAAAUAAAAAAAAUGUCUCAACCUCAUAUUGUUCCAAACCUGUAUGACUUCUUUCUUCCUUGGACCACAAAAGGAAAUAUUAGGAAGUAUUUUAGUCUCAGUUACCUUUACUUUCAUUGCAUCUUUUUUCCAUACAAUGAAAGUGAAUGGGGACUGAGGCUGUCAUUCUGCCUUACAGAAUGUCAAAGUGGUUUGGAAUGACAUGAGGGUGAGUAAAUUAAGUUUUUUUUUCAUUUUAAGAUGAACUAUCCCUUUAAUAUGAAAAACCAGCAGUUCUGAUCCUGAUUCUGCAAUUAAUCAAGAUUUCAUCUGAAGUCUUUUGUUUAUGCAUUCAACAUAAUGUGCAUCUUCAAUUCAAACAUUUUGUUUAUAUAAAGUUAAGUGUCCACUUUUCAAGUUCAGCUUUUGAAAAGGUGCUUUGCUUGAAGUUCUAUUACACUCCGUAUACACUUAUGUGACCCAUGUUUGAAUGAGGGACCAAUGUGUCUUGCAGACCAACUCUGCAGUGUAGGAGAGUGGAGAGCUUUUCCACUUGUGUGGUGCUCAAACUUGUUUUACAUCGGUGCUCUAUCUCCUGGUGUUUUAUUCUCCCAUCAGUGGUGCAAUAUUCAGAACAGUCUAGACAUGCUAACCUUGCGCACAGUUAUGGAAUGUUUUUAUCAAGUUUAGAGUAAAAAGCACUUACUCGUCUUUCUCUCUCCCUUCGUGUUCAGGUGGGAGUUGCUUAAUUGCGCUAAAUGUAAGCCAAGUUAUUUUAAUUGACUCAAUUCAGCAGCACUGCUUUUUGCACACUUGUUUUAACCCGUUCUAUGGACGCAGGCUGUUUUUGUUUCUUUGUAUUUCAGGCUAUUGAUCUCACUGUGGUUAUAAAUGGGAGUUUUUUUUUUUUUUUUUUUUUAGAAAGAAAGGUUUUAUAUGAGAAGACUAACCAUGGAGUCUUUUAACCAGCGAUUUCUCACUCUAUUGGACUGAAAAGGAUUUCCAUACCUUGUUCAUUCUCUCACCACACACACUCGAAAGAUCUGUAGCACUGUUCGUGUUGUUAGCUAGCCGUAAAUCCCCAUAUAUUGUAUCGGAGGGGUCCUCCCAGGUCUUUGUACAAACUUAAUCAAAUAUAUAAACAGAUUUAGGCUUGACUUGAUUGUAUAUGAGCCACAUGCAAGAACUUUUUUUUUUAAAUGUGUGUUUUGUACUAAGAAUAAAUUAUGAUCCAAAUUCAAAAUAAGAUUGUAUUGUUAGCUACAUUUGUAUCAAAAUUAAUCAAACUUACCAGCUUGUAUAAAAGACAAAGAGGUUGUUCUUGGUUCUCGCUACAUUGCUUUUGCACUCUUCACUCUUUUUUUUUUUUUUUUUUUUUUUACUAUAGUAAUUUCAUUUUGUGACUUUCAGAGCACAUUCUUCAGUAUCUGUAUAGCUUUGAACUGCAGUUUUGCCCAUUCAGUCAUCCAUUUCAAGCUUAUUUUAGUGUGACGUUUAACUGCGGGACACAAAGUGAGAAGUCAAAUCAGUAACGCUCCUGUAAUUCUAUCCUAUUCAGAGUGUAACGUUGUGCAGCUGUGUAUCUUUGAUUUGCACUCCCUUCAGUAAGCAACUCUACAACCUCUUGUCCUUAAUGUUAUAUCAUGGUGGGGGUUUUAUGUACUUUCUUUUUGGAGGUCCAAGAGUUGCAAGACAUCAGGUAUAUGACAUCAUAUUUAAUUAGCUGCAUUUUAUGACUGAUUUGUAAAUGCAGUAACUUUUCUGUCAUACACCAAUCAUUUUAAUGUCCAUACUAUUUUGUAUAAUCCAUUGUGCUUUAAUACUCUAUCUCUGUCCAGAAUAUCCCUUAAAUGGCCAUAAUAUUUCCUGUGUAGUGCCAGCUUGAUGCAUUCUUCUGUGAAGCCAAUUGUAAACUUUGGAUUUACCUUUUUAUUUUUAAACCUUUUUGGACCAAAAUAUCAUCUGUAAGACAUGUAAAUGCUUCCUGGCAAUUGUCUAUUUGUGGUGUUUCAGCACUUGAUGUAUUUUGGUUCAGCAUGACCAUCACACAUUCGACAUUUCGUGAAUCAGUUUUCCCCCCACUAUGCCGCAGUAUCGAUUUUAAAUCUUUCUGUUUUAACUGUAAGAACCUGAACAGUUACUUGUUAUUUGGGACCUCUUCGCUAUAUUCACGAAGUUUUGUUUUGUCUUAAAUGACCAUGAAUUGUUAAUGCUAUUAUAGUAGAAAUGAGAUUCGUUUUUGUAAAGUGUGAAUAAAAUGUGUAUUGCAUAUUUCCUUUCUACAAAACACACGAGUUGUGGUGUGUAUAUAAUGAAUUCUCCUGCGUUAUUGCUGUCUUGUUUUCAUGGUUUGUCUAUCACAAACAAUUUUAUUUGUCCUAAAGUAAAUUUGCUCCAAAGAUGUCACGAUAGAAAGACACGAAGUAGUUUCCAUACCCACAAGCAGAUAUGUUGAAUCUUGCUUUGUUAGUGGCCUUGUGCUGUCGUGUACAGACAGGAUACUUUUCGUGCAAUUUAUUGUCGUGAUUGAAAGCAGGUUGACGCAUCCUGUUAGACAGUGGAGAUGGUGUCAUUUAAAGUAACCGAAUGCUCAAGUAUUUUAAUUGUUAUCAGUGCAUUUAAAUCAUUAUUAAGUGGUUGUCCCUGAAGUUUGUUUUUGCCAUUUAGUCACCCUCUUGGCAUCCCAGAUAUGUAUGACUGACUUCUGCUGAACACAAACAAAUAUUUUUAGAAGAAUAUCUCCGCUCUGUAGGUUCAUACAAUGCAAGUGAAUGGUGGCCAGAACUUUGAAAGCCCAAAAAGCACAUAAAGGCAACCUAAAAGUAACCCAUAAGACUCCAGUGGUUAAAUCUAUAUCUUCAGAAGCUAUAUGAUAGUUCUGGGUGAGAAACAGAUCAGUAUUUACGCCUUUUUUUGCUAUAAAUUCUGCUCCCUGCCCAGUAGGUGGCGAUAUACACAAAGAAUGUGAAUUGCUAAAAACAAAAGAAAAAUGAAUGUGGAGAUUUAUAGUAAAAAAAAAAAAGGACUUAAAUAUUGAUCUGUUUCUCACCCACACUUAGCAUAUAGCUUCUGUAGAUUUGCAUUUAACCACUGGAGUCUUAUGGAUUACUUUUAUAAUGCUUUAUAUGCUUUUUGGACCUUCAAAGUUCUGGCCACCAUUCACUUGCAUUGUAUGGACCUACAGAGCUGAGAUCAAAAGUCAUACACAUCUGGGGUUGCAUAAGGGUGAGUAAAUGAUGAGAGAAUUUUAAUUUUUUGGUGAACUAUCACUUAAAAGUGACAUAAAUAAUAGAAUUGCCACUCUAGGUACUUGGAGACUAAUUUCUGUAGCCUCAUUCUCUGUUAUAGACCUUAAAGAUGAAGUGUCACUUUUUUUUCCCCGAUGUUAACCCUGCACAAUAUGCAGAGAUAAUUAUAAGUAAAGCCAUUUGUAGGUUGAUUUUCCUGGAAAACGAAAUGUGGGCGUGGUGACGUUUUCAAAACAUUGCUCUGUAUGAAUGGCCCGACAUAGCAGCAUUGGCUCCAUCAAUAGUGUGAGUUUAGGGCAGGAUCAUUUGUUAUCAGGUAUAUACUGGAUAUAUUUUAUUUCAAAAGUAGACAAAUCAAACAUCUAUGCUUAAACUUGUGAGAAACUGUGCAGUUAAUGGAUAAAUAUUUUCUCUCUGUCCCCAAUCUUUGUUUCUUUGCCUUUUGCUCACUUCUCACCUACCUUUUUAUAUUAUAAAUAUUAACUUUUCCAGCCUUAAUUUUUUUUUAUACUAAAAACCUGCUGCAAUAAAACUGAUAGAUUAGCUGGAGCUUUUGAUUUUUAUCUCAGUUUUUAUUUUUAUAAGUUCAUAGAGUUACUAACACUGUACAUACUGUCAUGACUCAUGAGCUAUUAUGUAGUACAUGGGAUCAACUCUUGUUUACCAUUUGAAAUAAUGCCAGCACAGAUACAAACCCUACAUAAAAAAAUUCAUAAAAAAAAACCUUUCACAAUAUGUAGCAAAUGUUCAAUCUCUCCAAUAAAAUCCAAAAUAGGCAGCUCUUUAAAAAAAAGUAUCUGGAAAAAGAAUGGUAAAUAAGUAUUUUCUGUCUGUUUUCUGUAUUCUUAGUUGUAGUAAUCUGUACAUUUAGUUUCCUUUCACUAAUGUAUUUUCCUAUCUAUGGUUGAUAAUAAAUUCUUUCUGCUUCAUGA